GCGUCCGGCCGGGCCGGCUGCCGUUACCGCCCGCGGCGGCAGGCAGCUCGCGGGGCGCGCCCCCCGGCCGGUGAGUCCCGCCCCAGCACCCCGUGCUGCACUGCUGGGCCCGGGCGGCGGGCUGCCGGCCCGGCUGGUCUCCGGGGCCCACGGGGGAGGGGGCGGCCCGGCUGCAGGAGCUGCUGCCGCCGCGGCCGGCGUCUUCCGGGCACAGGCGAGAGGGAGCCGCGCUGAGCCGCGGGAGCUCAGGGGGUUGCAGCCGCACGCGCGGAGCUGCCCCGCGGGGGUGCUCAGCCUGCAGCACGUCGCCUUUCACCUCGGGCUUGUCACUGGGAGGGCUGUGACCAGCAUGGAAGCCUGAACCUACCUGCAGCUUGAGCUCCCAGCUGCUCCCUCCCACCCACCCGUGGCAGGAGUCCAUCCACCAGCAGCUUUAAGAACUCACUCUUGCAACACAUUCAUCAUUUUUGACAGCCCUGUGAAAGGAGACUGCUGAUAUGAAGAAAGAAAGAGAAGUAUGAUGGAUUCAAAAGAUUUUGUCCUGACAAAUUCAAAGCAAAAUACAAGUCAUCACAUGGCAAAAGUUAGCUCGGGGAAAUAUUACUUCUGUGGAUAUUGUGCAGCUUUUACCAAUAUAGCAAUUACCUUUCCCAUCCAGAAAGUCCUUUUUCGACAGCAGCUGUAUGGAGUGAGAACAAGGGAUGCAGUAUGUCAACUACGAAAAGAUGGCUUUCGAAAUCUGUACCGUGGAAUCCUUCCACCGUUAAUGCAAAAAACUACAACUCUGGCACUGAUGUUUGGCUUGUAUCAGGAUUUCUCCUCUCUGCUCCAGAGACACACAAGUGCACCUGAACUUGUGACUUGCAGUGUGGCAGCUGUGCUUGCAGGGACCACAGAAGCUGCUCUUACACCCUUUGAGCGGGUCCAGACAUUGCUUCAGGACUACAAACAUCAUGACAGAUUUACAAACACUUUCCAGGCUUUCAAGGUACUAAAAGAUUAUGGGAUUAGGGAAUAUUAUCGGGGGUUGAUACCUAUUCUGCUCCGAAAUGGGCCUAGUAAUGCACUCUUCUUUGGCUUGCGGGGACCUAUCAAGCAAUGUCUACCUGAAGCAUCUACUUACAGUACUCAUUUGUUCAAUGAUUUCAUUUGUGGAGGAUUGUUGGGUGCCAUGCUCGGGUUCUUAUUUUUCCCAAUGAAUGUUGUAAAAGCUCGCAUGCAGUCACAAAUUGGUGGGGAAUUUCAGUCUUUCCCAAAAGUAUUUAUGAAGAUCUGGCUGGAACGUGAUAAAAAACUGACUCAUCUUUUCAGAGGAGCCCAUCUCAAUUAUUAUCGCUCCAUCUUAUCUUGGGGCAUAAUCAAUGCGACAUACGAACUUUUACUAAAGUUGUUAUAACAAAAAAAGUUCCUGUAUGAAGUCCCUCUGCUGUUGGGUAUUGGCGCAUUGAAGUCGCUUAUUUCCUGGGAGCAAUUGGUUAAAUGGAACUUUUCCAUGAAUAACAUUGAGCACCAUGAAAUCUGGUGAGUUUAUUUGCAAAAUGGUGCUUAUACUUCAGUGGGGAGAUAAGCGAUUUUACUAGUGCCUGCUUAACUUUAAAGAUAAUUACAGUCUUAUUAAUGGCCUUCAAUAUUUAUGGGAGGAUUGUUGGCAAUAUGUCUAGAUUUUAAUCUAAGAAAAACAAGUUUGCUGAAACGCAUUCUUGAAUUAUUUGGAUGUUGGAAGAUUAAAUUUACAUGUACUUGAAACUAAAUUAAACAUUUUGCCUGCUAUUUGUCUGGUCUAGCAGCUUACUCCAGAUCACCCCCCACAACUUUUAACACUCCUGGUGAUCAAAAAAUAUGCUUUAUUGUGCAAUAUGAAAGUCAGGGAUGCUUAGACAAGCUAUUGUUCCUGCUUGAUAAACUUCAAAGGGAUGCUGUAAGAGGACUCCAGACUCCCAUGCUAUUUUGGGUUUCCAAGAUAGCUUUACAGUUUGAAACCAGACUGCCAACUUCUAAUGAGAGUGGUUCUCUCUCAUUUUAAACUGUAAGAUGCAACAAAGCCUAUGUGAAUAUUUGCCAGUUGGCUUUUGCUUACUGUUUUUAAUAAGAAUGUCAAUUUAUCAAGCUACCUAAGGUUAGCAGUGAAUUUUCAAUAUCAGUUUAAAUUGGCCAAAUACAGAAUAUGGUCGUAUGUGUGAAAAAGAAAUGGUGAGAGGAAUGAGACAGUAAUUUAUCUAAAGCUUUAAAGUGACCUUCCUACGUAAAAUAUCAUGUAUUUGGGAAUGUAGAACACCUGUGGAUUGUCUGGUUUUGUUUUUGGGUGUUUUUUUUUGCCUUUUUGUACAGCUUAGUUUCUUUUGGAAACGGGUAUGGUGCCAGAAAAAAGACAUGGCUUCUGUAACAUAAACACUUACAGAAAUAGUACAACUUCCAUGGUUUGCAAAUUACUUUGUAAACAUUUUUUUUUAAAUUAAAAUAUCUAUUGUCCUUUUGCAGAUAUUUUGUGCAUUUCAUCUGGGACUGUAGCAUGAUUGAUCUCUCUCUGGUAUUUUUAGCCAAAAUGUUCUGUACCAUCUGUCAUGUGUAUUGUGAACAGUGCUGUAAAACAAGUAUACAUCAGCAUCAACAGAAGUGAAAUUUCUGGGUAUAACUAUUGCCUUAUGCAGGAUGCAGGGUAUAUUGGAGUAGUAAAAGAGGUGCUCAAAUUAUGGUGAAGAGGACCAUAAAGGCACCUAAUAGGAAGGAGGCAAUGUUUGAAGAAGCCUUUCUGGGUAUCAUUUGAGGCUUCUGUGGUCAUUCACUCAUGUUGACAUACACUCAUGUAAACAUUAGAAGUGUUGUCUGUAGACUUGGUAUUCAGAUAGAGAAGACUUUAAAGUCUUGGAGAAAGGAAAGGAGAAGACUGAGCAAGAAAGUAAAUAUGACUACAAAACUAGUGGUCAUCUUUAUCAAAAGUGACAGCCUUUUUUUUUUUUUUUUUACACAAGACAUUUAUAAAAUUUUCAUAUUUGCGGUAUGCAAGAAAGCUUUCAGAAACUGGUCUGUAUGGAUUUUUCCAUAUAUUUUGAGUGGAUAAAACUUUUUUUUGUUUGUUUAACUUUAUUUAAGCUUUCAGAUGCUUAUGACUUAUUUUUUACCUCAUUUCAAUCGUUCAUUUGAUAUACCCGUCCCCAGUGAUUGACCCCAAACAGUAUGUCCAUUUUCUUUAUAAUCAUAUAGUACUUAAUUUCACACUCAUAUAGCCAAGCACAAACAAAACAGAUUUGUUUGAUAUUUUGAAUAUUGUGAUUCUUGGCAUUUAAAUGUCUGUUGAAUGUUUCUUGCUGGUAGAAUCUGAUUUUACCAGUAUUUUUUUGUAACCUUUCCUUGAUGGAAUAAAACAAAAAUAAAUCCUG